AUGGACACGGACAUGGAGCCAAAUGUAACAUCGUCAGAUGUCCACCACGAGACAGGCCAGUGGUCAUCAUCGGAGACUGAGGAUCCAAGGACAAAGAAGAGGAUGCCUUUACAAAAGAGAGCCAUACUUAGGAAUGCCCGAGCAGCCACAACUCAUAUCGACUCUACAGAGGAUGAUAUGGAGGACGAUGAAUACGAGUCCAGGGGUGAGGAAGAGGAGGAAGACGACGAUGAUGAUGAUCAUGCCCCCGGUGGCAAGAUGGUGUCACCAAUGAUGAUGGCCUCCAACCAACAUCACAACAACAUCAACAGCAACAAUAGCAGUCACUUCCUAUCGGAUUCCGACGCUGACUACAAUCCACUCACGGCAAAUAUUGAUACGGACGAUGACGAAGUGCCAUUGGUACGUCUAUUCCAGAAGUUCUUGAAUAGAGAGGCGCUCAAAAGUUUGAAACUGCGACACUCCCAGCUCAAUUCCAAACUGCAGCGAUUGAGAAAGGUUGUCGACAACGUAAAGAUCAAGGAGCGUGGACAGCAGCUCAAGCAGGAGAAGGACAAGAUCAAGGAGCUCAUCAAGCUGAAGAAGACUCAACUCAAUGACAAGAUGAAUGCCCCUCCAUUCUUGCGACUCAUGGACAAGGUGGCGUUCACAUUAGGACUCAUCGUGUUGUUGGUGUCAGAGUUUGUUCUGCUGCGAGUGCCAGAGUUCAUGUACCUUUGGUACACGGUACUGAUCCUCCCAUUGAUGGCAAUUCGCUUUGUGAUGUAUCAUCGCGCCAAGUAUCAUUACUUCAUGCUGGACUUUUGCUAUCUCUGUCAGUUCUUGCUGCUGUUCUACAUGUUUGGACAUCAAUACGUGCUGGGCAACGUCUCGCCUGCCUUUUUCAAACUGGUGUUUGCCCUGUCCAAUGGUCCACUGGCAUGGGGCUGCAUUGUGUGGCGCAACAGCAUGGUGUUCCACGACGUCGACAAGCUGACGUCGGUGUUCAUCCAUCUCUGUCCGCCAAUCGUGACAUACUGUCUACGCUGGUAUCCAAUCGACUACCCACUGGAACUUGCAUGUGGCGGUGCAUCAUGUGCACUAACAUACAGCGAGACCUAUCUUGUACCAAUCUACCUGUACACCUUCUGGCAAGUGCUCUACUACGUCAAGACCGAAGUGAUCGACGAGAUCAAGUUGGCCGAUGAUCCAGACAUCAUGACAUCCUCGCGAUGGAUGUCAAUCAAGCAGCCACAUCCAAUCUACAAGGCACUAGUAUCCAAGGGUAUCAAUGUAUCUCCAGUGCUCGUCCUAAUGCUCAGCCAACUUGUAUAUACAUUGGGAACAUUGAUUACAUUGCCAUUGAUGAUGCAAUCAUUCGUGGCACAUUCAUUAUUCUUGUUCUUCAUCUUGGUGACGGUAUCUUGGAAUGGUGCCAAUUACUACUUUGAGGUAUUCAGCGAGAAUUAUAACAAGAGGUUCAAGUCAGAUAUUGCUGCAGCCCGCAAUACUGGUACCGAUGGCAACAGCAACAGCAGUGGUGGAAACAGCAAUGGAGGCAUGGUACCAUGCAACAAGCUGAAGAUCACAUCCAUCUUUUCAUUCGCCAAGUUCAUCACAGUGUUCCUUGCACUACUUAUUUGUUUCCUCAAGCUCAUCUUGUAG